AUGGGCAAAAACGCAGCGCUACAGGGGGUACUUUUGCUUUGGUUGCUGUCCGUACCGGCAGCCGCCCCGUUCAGUUGCUGUGGCGAUGGAAGCCCAAGCGGAGGUUGUAGAGAAAGAGAAAGAAAAGCCCUCUUAAACCUGAGGCAGCUCGUGCUUGAAGACCCUUCAAAUCGACUCUCCUCGUGGACUGGCGAUGACUGUUGCGCGUGGAAAGGAGUUGAGUGCGACAACAGAACAGGGCAUGUCCUCCAACUUGACCUCCGAAAUCCAAUCGACGAUCCCGAUGCCGCCGAUUAUGAGAGGUCCCAACUCAUGUUUGGAAGUGUAAAUAGUAGUUCUUUGCUGGAGUUGAAGCAUCUGGAGUACCUGGACCUCAGCUCAAAUGACUUUGGACAUGCACACGUCCCGGGCGGCUUCUUCCAUUCCCUCGCAAAUUUGAAGUAUCUUAACCUGUCCCAUGCCGGUUUCGCUGGUCUUCUUCCUCCCCAACUCAGAAACCUUUCAAGCUUGCAGUAUCUAGACGUCGGAGGUUACGAAAAUGAUCUGAACGGGGGCAACCUCGAAUGGGUUGCCCGGCUGCCCGCCCUUGAAUUCCUGGACAUGAGUUGGGUCAAUCUCAGCCAGGCGUCUGACUGGCUACAGGUGAUGACCAUGCUCCCUUCUUUAUCAGAGCUGUACUUGUCUCAUUGUGAACUAGUUCACGCCCUUCGCACUUCAAUAUCAUAUGCUAACUUGUCUUCCCUCCUCUCCCUCGACCUCUCAUCUAAUUACCGAUUGAAUUCUUCGGUGUUCGACUGGCUCCCGACCCUCCCCUCUCUUGUUUCACUUAAUCUCAGUGGGAGCAAUUUUCAGGAUGCGAGCCCAGUUUCAGUUUCGAGUGCGCUUGGCAACCUUACUUCCCUGACAAGACUCCGCCUGGCAAGGAGUGGCCUUGGAGGGGGAAUUCCGAGUUCGCUUGGAAAUCUUUGCCGUUUGAAGGAUUUAGAUUUGUCGCACAACCAACUCACUGGAGGUGUGUCUGAAUUUCUGGGAAAUUCAUCUCCCUGCUUUGAGGGAAAAUUAGAGUAUCUGGACUUGAGCUGGAACGGACUCACAGGCCAAUUGCCUAGUCAAGCACUGCGGGGAUUCGGAAACUUAUCUUUCUUUGAUAUUUCCUCCAACGCUUUUUCCGGCCCGAUUCCUGAAAGCUUGGGGAGUCUUUCAAAGUUACAGGCACUUUACAUGUCCAACAAUUCCCUCGACGGUAUUGUCACUGAGCUGCACUUUGCAAAUCUUACGUCAUUGAUGUCAUUUUUUGCCUCUUCAAACCCCUUGAUUUUGCAAGUGAGCUCCGACUGGGUUCCUCCCUUCCGCAAACUCAAUGGAAUAUCGAUGAGGUCCUGGCGACUAGGGCCUCGGUUUCCUGCGUGGCUCCUGGGGCUAAAGAAUUUGACAUUUAUAGAUUUUUCCAAUGCUGGAAUCUCAGAUGUUAUACCUACUUGGUUCUGGGGGUUAUCCCAAAUUGAGUAUUUGUAUCUGCAGCACAACCAAAUCCACGGCAGCAUUCCGAUUAUCUCUUUCGGAAAGUACAUACUUCUAGGUUCCAACAACUUUUCUGGCUCGCUGCCUCGCAUCUCUUCUGAAACACUACAGAGAUUGGAUCUCUCCAACAAUUCAUUUCAUGGAACACUUUCUCCAAUCUUCGGUAGGAAGAGUAGUAUUAAUAACAAGGAAAACAACAUGGAAGUUUUAAAUCUCUCAAACAACCUCCUUUCUGGAGAACUUCCUAAACAUUGCUGGAUGAAUUGGAAAAAUUUAGUGAAGUUGAGAUUGGGAAGAAAUAGUUUGACAGGAAAUAUACCAACUUCAAUGGGUUCUUUGCGUUGGCUUGGCUCGCUGAGUUUGCGUAAGAACAAACUGUCCGGAAACUUGCCGCAAUCGUUGCAAAAUUGCACUUCCUUACAAUUGUUGGAUCUCGGUGAGAAUGAAUUCUCUGGGAGCAUACCCCCUUGGGUGGGAAAAAGCCUGUCCAUACUUAGGAUUCUCGCCCUUCGUUCAAAUAAAUUGAAUGGCAGUAUUCCUCUUGAACUGUGUCGUCUCAAUUUUCUUCAAAUUUUGGACCUUGCACGUAAUAACCUAUCUGGUACUAUUCCUCAAUGCUUCCAUAACUUCAGUGCCAUGACUAACAAUGUAAGCCCAAAAAGGGGUCUCGGCUUUCACUACCAGAGAGAUGAGAUUGGGAUAAAUUUGCCAGAAGAAUUAACAUUGGUGACAAAAGAAAUGGAGUAUGAAUACAAAGGCACCCUGCUUGUCGUGAAAAGCAUGGAUCUUUCAUCCAACAACUUAUUUGGAGGGAUCCCAGAAGUUGUAACAAAUCUCAAUGGUCUGCAAUCUCUGAACCUGUCCAAUAAUCAUCUUGGAGGGGAGAUCCCCAAGAAGAUUGGCUCUAUGAAUUCAUUGGAGUCCAUUGAUUUGUCGUUGAACCAACUUUUGGGUGAAAUCCCGCGAAGCAUGUCAAACUUAUCAUUUUUGAGUUAUUUAAACCUGUCAUGCAACCAUCUCUCUGGAAUGAUUCCACUGAGCACCCAAAUCCAAAGCUUCACUUGGCGCAGUUUCACCGGCAACAAUGGGCUCUGCGGCCUCCCACUAGCUGAAAAUUGUACGAAAAAUGAUGCGGUUGAUCAUCAGCUUCCAACUACACCAAGUGGUGGGGGUACCGGUGAAGAUGACAACCAUGGAUGGAUUGAUAUGCAGUGGUUUUACAUUAGCCUACCGGUGGGAUUUGUCGUUGGUUUUUGGGCGAUUCUCGCUCCCUUGGCCUUCAUCAAGACUUGGAGAUAUGCUUAUUUUCGGUUCUUGGAUGACAUUAAAUUCAAAUUGUUCGGGUUCUAA